CAUGUGCUGGGAGGGGUUCGCCCCGACUCCUAUUUCAGGAAAGUUUGCAGCAGCUCAGGGCUUGCAUCAUGGCAGGGCAGGCGCAGAGCAGGGCUGAGCUGCAGCAGCAGGCGGCGCCGCCAUGGGGAGAGCUGCUGUCCUUCCAGUACUUCCAGCGCUUGUGCCCCCCCGGGGCCGGCUACGGCUACAGCGGGGGCAGCAUGCAGGGGAUGCGGGAAAGCGAGUUCCGCAGGCUCGGAGGAAUGACAUACCUUGACCAUGCAGGCACAGCACUUUUCCCACAGAGUCUUCUUAAGGAGUUUACUGAUGAUCUCAGUAAAAAUAUUUAUGGCAACCCUCAUAGUCAGAACAUCAGCAGCAAGCUGACAUACGACACUAUUGAGCAUGUCCGAUACAGAAUAUUACAACACUUCAAUACAACUGCGGAAGAUUACACUAUCAUUUUCACAUCUGGAAGUACAGCUGCACUUAAGCUGGUAGCAGAAACAUUCCCUUGGAUGCCUGAAGGCUUGGGGCACCCCAGCAGUCGAUUUUGUUACCUAACUGACAGCCACACAUCUGUGGUGGGUAUGAGGGGGAUAACUGCUGCGAUGAAUGUGUUAUCUGUUCCAGUGAAACCCAAGGAAAUUUUAUUAUCUGAGAAAAACAGAGUACCAGCUGAAGAACAAAACUGCAUGACACCUCAUCUUUUCUGUUAUCCAGCUCAGAGCAAUUUUUCAGGUAUCAAAUAUCCUCUUUCAUGGAUACAGGAGAUAAAAUCUGGAAAACUCUGCCCCAUCAAAACACCAGGGAAGUGGUUUGUUCUACUGGAUGCGGCUUCAUAUGUCAGUACCUCUCCAUUAGACUUAACAGUUCACCAGCCAGACUUUAUCCCCAUUUCAUUCUAUAAAAUCUUUGGAUUCCCUACUGGUUUAGGAGCAUUGUUGGUAAACAACCAAAUUGCACCCUUCUUGAGGAAAAGUUAUUUCGGAGGUGGAACUGCAGCUGGCUACCUAGCAGGAGAGGAAUUUUACUCCCCAAGACCAUCUGUAGCAGAAAGGUUUGAAGAUGGCACCGUUUCGUUCCUUGAUAUCAUUGCACUGAAACAUGGAUUUGAUGCUUUGGAAAGACUUACAGGUGGCAUGGAGAACAUAAAACAUCAUACCUUUGCUUUAUCUCAUUACACCUACACUGUGCUGUCUACCUUAAAAUAUGCUAAUGGAGCACCCAUUGUACGUAUCUACAGUGAUUCAGACUUCAGCAGUCCUGAUGUCCAGGGUCCAAUAAUUAAUUUUAAUGUACUGGAUGAAAAUGGAGAUGUAAUCGGCUAUUCCCAGGUGGACAAGAUUGCCAGUCUCUACAACAUACACGUUCGUACAGGAUGUUUCUGUAACACUGGCGCCUGCCAGCAGCAUUUGAGCCUCAGCAAUGAGGAUGUCAAAAGGAACCUUCAGGCUGGCCAUGUCUGUGGAGAUGAUAUAGAUAUAAUUGAUGGACGUCCCACUGGGUCUGUGAGAAUAUCAUUUGGCUAUAUGUCUACUUUUGAAGAUGCACAAACCUUUCUAAAGUUCAUCAUAGCAACCAGACUAUCUGAAUCAGACUGCAAGUUUCCCUCCCAAAACACCACAAGAGAAACUAUUACACAGAAUGACCAUACUGCCAAUAACAAUGCAAAGAAAUACUCUCUGAAAACUAUCAUCUCAGAUACGGGACAUUGGAAUAAUUCAUCUUCAGCAUUGAAGAAACCUGAACCUAACAGGGCUGUUGUUUCUGAUAGUGCUAUACCAGUAUACAGAAGUGGGAGCAAGCCAAUCACUGUCACCAACAUUUACCUCUACCCAAUCAAAUCUUGUUCUGCAUUCGAGGUUUCUGAGUGGCCUGUAGGAAACCAGGGAUUGCUGUAUGACCGAAGCUGGAUGGUUGUGAAUCAGAAUGGUGUUUGCAUCAGUCAGAAGCAGGAACCUAGACUGUGUUUGGUACACCCCAUAAUUGACCUGGAGCAAAAGAUUAUGGUCAUCAAAGCAGAAGGAAUGGACCCCUUAUCUGUGCCUCUAGAAGAAAACACUGGAAGAGAAAUUCAGAUUGGUCAGAGCAAAGUUUGUGCACACAGAGUACAAACAUAUGACUGUGGAGAGAGAAUAGCAGAAUGGUUCUCUGAAUUACUUGGUCGCCACUGUCGCCUGAUCAGGCAGAGUUCAGACUUCAAAGGAAAUGCAAAUCAGAAACAUGAAAAAGGUCAGGCUACAACAGUCUCGCUUUCUCUUGUGAAUGAAGCACAAUAUCUCCUGCUAAAUACAGCGAGUAUUUUACAACUGAAAGAGCAAAUUACUGAAAGAAAUCUGUUUGGAGCACGCCAACAUCUAAGCUGACAAUAUGUUUUAAGGUUCAGGCAACAAGUUACUCCAGUUGCUGGGAACAAGAUAUUAAUUAGACUUCUCAUCUAGGAUGCAAGACUGCACAAGAUAAGUCUCUUGAAGGAUCACAUGUUAAAUUGAAAACAGAACAUCUCUUAAUACCCUUUGAACUUCCUUGUCUCUUUACUGGAAAGCUAAAUAUUCAGUGCAAAAGAGUUACUUUUUCAUUUUUUCUUAAUUGAAUGUUGCUAUAUUCUUACAAAAAUGGGGAAUAAAAACAGAAAAUCAAGCAUUCUGUCAAAGACAAGCAAGACCCUUCGAAUCUAAAUGCUAAAAGCUAAUAUUGUUGAUUUGUUAUUUACAGUAUAUCACUAGGACUAGCUUUCCUCCCUAAGUUGCAUUUCAAAUUCAAUCUUCUUCCACCUCAAGCCUCUGCCCAGUACUGCCCCUCACUACAUCUUUGUUCUCAUUUCCUCCCCUUUCCCACCUCACUGCCUUUCUUCCUAACAAGCCUCCUGCUUCCUAUGCAUGGAACUCCCUCUCUCUUUCCUUGUUGACCAGCAUAGGUUGGAAGCAUCCCCCGCAUUCCACCAUGCAGAGCAACUUUAUAAGGGUGCUGAGGAGAGAAUUAUAGCCCAAGGGUGCAGCACCACCCUGUAGCUAUUCCUAAAUCACUGGAUGGUAACUUUCCAAAUACUGAACUGCAUGAUUUAUUUUCAAAAACCUAUACCUGCUAAGUCUGUAUUAAAAUUCUUUUCCCCCCAGGAAACAGUAAUUAGUUUAAUUACAUAUAGGGUUGUUUUAUUUGAUGAAAAUUCAUUAUACUUUAUAGACACUUUAAGUUUUCAAUUCAGUUUUAAUAGUUUUUCUUUAUUUUUACCUUUCCUAUACAAAAAUGAAUCUUCCACUUUGCAGUCAGCUCUAGAGAGGUGAUCUAAAACAGUAACUGCAAUUUAAUUAAAAAUAAGAAUGUAACAAAAUGCUGCAGAAUCAUAUCCCUACAGAGACAUCCAUCUCUCUGGUGUUAUUGUUGCUGAUCACCUCCCUGAAGAUGGACAAAAAAUGCCACUAUCUGACCUAACACUCGAGUUUUUUAGUUGAAAUAUGCACUUGAAGAUGCACAUAAUUUUUUUAGUUUUGUUUAUUUAAUACAUGUAAUAAAAGAGAUGGACCUGAACUAAGAUUCUGGAUCCAACCUCUGGAUUUCUAAUUGGCCAAAACAGAAACCUAGAUCUGAAUAUUCCUAAAACCCAGCUUUUGUCUGUCACUAAACUAUAUUUCAUGUAGCUGCAAAUGCUUUAGUGUGCACUAAUUAUUGGGAUGGCCUCCAUGAACUUGGUAAGACACUCAUAUUCCCUGGAUUGUUCAGCAUUUCCUAAGCAGGACAUACAACCUACUCCUAUGCCAUGGUCCCAUCUCUAAUGAGACAGAGACAAUAAAUAAGAACCAUAGAUAUGUUGCAGUUUAUGGAGCAUUAAGUAGAGUCGAUGAAGUUACUGUGUAACUCAGUGAAUACGCUUUUCUUCUUUAGAAAUAAAUAUCUAUAGCUGUCCAAGUUCAGAGGUCCUAUGCCAAAUUUCCCCGCCUCCAAGUGAUGAGUACAUCAUCCUGGUCCUAAUGCCAGCCCUUCUCCAUCCCUUCUGCAUCCCCAAUAACAAUUCUCCUGUUUGCCUCCUCCCAUCUAAUGAAACCUUCCCAUCUAGUGCAGUGACAAGUGCAAUCCCUCUUCACUGCUAGAAUUCCCCCACACCUGUCUCCACUGACAGUUCUACAUAUAGCCACUCCUCUCUAAAUGUAUGGGCUUCAAAACAAUAUCGAGAGAGAUGGUGAUCCACAAAGAAUCAGCAGGGGCAUAUGCUUUUAAGGGGAGGAGCGCUGUCCCCUAGGACAGCCACAACUAUCAAAGCAACAGAUAGAUUAUUCUCUAAUCCAGAAACUAGAAACACUGGCAGCAACAAGGUUUAUUGCUUUCUCUGGUCCAGCACCAAGAUCCAGUGUUGUGCAGGACCUCAAUAUGCAAUAAAUAGCACAUCCCGCCUAUACUGAAAGCUGGUUCUGACAAAGUGUAUGAACUUCCACUCUUUUAAAAUGUAAAUGUUCCUUCAUUCCAUCCCCCCAUGCAUGCCCCAUCCCAAGCACAGGGAAGAAACCUAUGUAAAAUGAUUGCUUAUUUACAACACACUCUUAUUUCUUCCCUUAUAAACUAUCAGUAGCCCAAUGUCAAUUUUUAUUGACUCCCCUAUGCUGAAGUUAUUAAAAAGAGUGUCUCAACUGUGUGAUGUGCUGUAGUAUUACUAUGGAGAAUUUUGCCCCCCAACAACUAAUCCCUGGACUCUCUGCAAUACAGUAAGAGAUCUCGGUUUUGGUAAUGUUGGUUGUGUGAUUUGGUGUGAAAAUCUACAUAUGCGUUUAUUAGUAUGUACAUUUGUCUCCUAAAGGAAAAGUCAUGUUAUUUUGAACCAAACAAGCUCUUUUUUUUUUUUAAACAAACACAUCGGUUUUGCCAAGAUAAUUGCUUGAAGCUAACAAUUUUUGUAGAAGUUUUUUCACACAGUUUUCCACCAUUUUAAUUAAAAUACAAAACAAUUUAAAAUAUUUUCUAAUAUUUUCCUAAAAUAUUUUACUAAAAGAGAAUCCUCUCUGUUUCUCCAGGCUUCUGUCUCUAUUUUGGGUGACAGUUCAAAGCCCUCGGGUCUCAGGUGGUGGUAUUUUUUGAAGUAGUUCAUGUACAUCUGAGCUUAGACAAAAUGAAAUGGCCCUCACAUGCUUAGGAGUGGUGGAGCACUUGAGAGAGCAUUCUCUGGAAAUCCUAAGGCUGGCAUGUUCUUCCCACUAGCAAAGUUUCCACUUUAAAAAUGAAAGAGAAGAGAUUUCAAGGUUAUAGCCAGCUUUGUGAAAUGUGUAUGCUAUAUGCUAUCUGCCACUCUCUCUCUCUCACAUACACAGGUUUGCACAUGCGCACAAAUGCAACACACUCACACAUCUGUACGCUGGCAAAUAAAACACUUGUAGGGAGAUGUGGAAAUCUUCAUCCGUGGAUUUUUUUUAAAACAUCUGUCGUUUGGUGCAAUCUGAUGCAUUCCAAAAAAUCUCAGGGAUAAGUUCUCUCUCACAACAUUCUCUUACUGGUCUGGUCGCCUUCACAGGCCACUGAAUGUCCUCUGAGUUUUCCCCUAUAUUCGUUCUGCUUCCUCUUUAGUUAGAUUUAACCAGUUAUUUGAUCAGUUACCCAAAAGAUCCACAAAUGCAGAACUACAGCCCUUCAAUACAGUAGCUAAUGCUUAAAUUAAAUUACAGUGGUCCUUCCCUGGUGUGCAUAUUUAUCAUUGCAGUGCCACAUACUUCCAUAUCUACCCUUUUAGUUCCAGUUUACACCUCUUGAAAUGCCUUCUAGCGGACUACAAUUUUUAUUCAAAUAGCUAACUGUCCCGUUAUCAUAACUUCUGUAAUAAAAUUGCAUUAUAAACAUGUUCUUAACAAUUGUGUAGAAGAAAAAUCUUAUUGAAUAAGACCAGCAACUAGAUAUUCUAAGUGAGUGAAUAAUUACUGCAGGCUAAUUAGUAUGGUCCAUUUUCUUCUGCUCUGUGAAUCUCUG